AUGGAUGGGAAGGGAGCAUUCCCUCCAAAUACUGAUCUUGCUGCUUCACUUAAUAACCUAGCCGGUUCAACUCGUGGGAUCGAAGUAACAACAGAGUUCAAACCGGUGGAACACCCGCUCGAGCCCUUGGACAAUGAUCAAUCGAUUCAGUGUCCACUCUCUGAGCCGUCUAUUCUCUAUGUAUGA